AUUUAAAAGUGCAAGUGGUUAAUUGCCAUGAUUAAGUCAGAGAACACCCCCGCUCUCCACCACAUGGUUCCUUCCAGGGCAGCUGGUCACGUGACUUGUUCCCUCUCGCCAUCUUCCCUGCUGCACCUGCCUCCUAUCUCCUAUCUCAUAUCUCCUGUCUCCUGUCUCCUACCUCCUGUCUCCUCUCUCCUGUCUCCUAUCUGCUGUCUCCUACCUCCUCUGUCCUGCCUGGUGUCCGGUGUCCGGUGUCUGGUAUCCGGUGUGACCCGCAGCGGUGUUGGAAGCUCCAGUGGAGGCGGAGAAGAGAGGAGAGAGGAGCAGGGUGUCCCUCGGCUGCUUGUGUCGGUGAGGAAGUAGGACCAUGUCGGAGGAGGAAAGGCCCGAGUACUCCUCCUUCUUCGCCGUCAUGGGAGCCUCGGCGGCCAUGGUCUUCAGCGCUCUGGGCGCGGCGUACGGGACAGCAAAGAGCGGCACGGGCAUCGCCGCCAUGUCGGUAAUGCGGCCCGAGCUCAUCAUGAAGUCCAUCAUCCCCGUGGUCAUGGCGGGCAUCAUCGCCAUCUACGGGCUGGUGGUGGCGGUGCUGAUAGCCAACAACAUCUCUGAGAGGGUCACUCUCUACAAGAGCUUCCUGCAUCUAGGAGCCGGUCUGAGCGUGGGUCUUAGCGGUCUGGCGGCCGGCUUCGCCAUCGGCAUCGUAGGAGACGCCGGCGUGAGAGGCACGGCCCAGCAGCCCCGCCUCUUCGUGGGCAUGAUCCUGAUCCUGAUCUUCGCCGAGGUGCUGGGGCUCUACGGCCUGAUCGUGGCGCUCAUCCUGUCCACCAAAUAAAUCAUUCCACAUCCAAAAGCAGCCAGAAUAAAAGCAACUUCCAUGACACAAAGCGGCCCUGACAGGACGGGAUGGCCUCAGUCUAGUCCUGCUGGGACCCGGCAGUCUAGUCGGUGGUUGCAGCCAUCCAGUGGUGUCAGGUGCAAGGUCCAAGGUGAAGUGUGCUGUGAGUAUCUCUUCAGUGGUCUACCCACAAUGCAUCAGUGUUUACCUUCCUCUUCUGUUCGGGGGACCUUUUCUUUAUUUCAUCACAGCAGGGUUUUUUUUUUUUUGCUUUUUGCUGAAAGCUGUGAGGAUUUUGACUUCAUGAAAGUUGUCUAAAUGGAAUAUUAUAUCACGUGUGUGUGUUGUUAGUAAUCGCACUGUUGGGUGUCAUGUGCUUUAUGGUGUGUGUGUGUUCAAUAUCAAACACGUAUCCUUGUAGUGCUGCUACUUUUGUACUGUACUCGUCAAAUUUCAAAAUAAAAGUCAUCUUCCUCAACAAACAAA